AUGGUAAUUAGCGAUUUGUUGGCAAUUUGCAUAUGUAUCAUACAUCCCACAGAAGAGAUUCUGUCAAACGAUCUAUCAAACAACGAUGAAACUGUUCGUUUUGCUAUUUCUAACAUUUUCGGUUGCGAAAAGUUGUUUGGUAGUCAGAUUGAUAAAUCCAAGUUGCGACCAAUGAGGCUUUUCUGACUUUUCGUCUACCGCGAUGGUAUAGCAGUUCUAAUGGAUGUACCAGAACUUUUGAAUGUUUAAACGGAAAAUUCAAUCUUGUGGGGUUAACCGUGGAUUGGAAUCAACGCGAAAAUGUUACUUUGUUCCCGGCACAGGAUAUUGAGGUGACUUGCGAUCCAAGCACGAACAUGAUUGGGCUCGACCUUCCCGACGGUCACAUCAAGCUUAGAAACGUUUAUAUGGGUGGUGUCGACUUUCAUCGUCGUGGUCCAGCUCCUCAAACAAGAUCUACUUCUCGUCCACCGUUAAAUGACGGCUUUUCGCUUCACAACUUGAAAUCAUGGUUCGGGUUUUAA